UUCAAACACAGCAGCGACCACCGGGUAGCCAGUCGACAUGAACGGUGCAUUUAUACGCUCGGAAUGACUCACUUCGUCGCAGUGAAGAAGAGGCCGUCAUCCCCUCAGCAAAAGUGAAAGCUGUGGGAGGCUCGCGGUGAGAGACAACACCUGCGAGGUCGUUUAAAUGGAGAGGGGAGGCGGACUGACAAUUCUGUGCUGCUGCCGCCGUGCGCGCCCCUGAAAAAGGGGGCUCCUGUGUUCCGUGGAAACAAGCGAUCGCUUGUUGAUUUGCCUCCGUGAUAAUCUGAUUUCGGAGAGAUGUGAACGCCACGAGGAUUACAGGGUUACAGGGUAAAUACAAGCAAAAACGUGUCACAAUGUGGACCGCGCACUCCGCGCUGCGCCUUUUGUUCGAGAGGGACCAGGUUGUUGGCGGCUGCGUCGUUCUCCUCGUCGGAUGCAGAUCUCAGUAGCGACUCUGACCACCUGGCAGUGCUGUCUACGGGGCCGAGCCGCUUCCUCCCUCCAUGCUGAUAUGACUUCCUGGCUGCGCAAAUACACCAACUUCAUUCUGCAUCGCGAACUGCAACUGCUCGUCGCACUGUUCACAGUUUGUACCAGCAUCUCUCUUGCGGUGGCGGACGGUGGCUGUGCAUCACCCCUUGUGUCGACAUGUGAGGAGUGUCUUCGCCGGGGUCCAGAGUGCGGCUGGUGUAUCCAAGAGGGCUUCCUGGAUGGGGCACAUGUGAGCCAGCGCUGUGACUCCUCCUCCAACCUGAUCAGGAAGGGCUGUCUGGAGGAGCUUAUCGAGACCGGCCAGGUGAGAGUGGAGGUGGACGCUACGGUCAGCAGCACGCAGGUGGCUCCCUCGCGCAUCAACGUCCAGCUACAGACAGGCAGCAAAGUGAGUUUCGUGGUGGAGGUGCAGCAGCUGGACCGGUACCCAGUGGACCUGUACUACCUGGUGGACGUGUCGGCCUCCAUGAAGGACAACCUGGAGCGGCUCAACAACGUCGGCGUGGCCCUGUCGCACCAGAUGCGGCGGCACUCCAGCGAUGUCCGCAUGGGAUUCGGCUCGUUCGUGGACAAGCCCGUGUCACCCUACAUCAGCAUACACCCCUCCAAGAUCCUCAACCCCUGCAGUGAGUAUGAUGUGAAGUGUCGUCCGACUCAUGGCUUCAUCCAUGUGUUGCCCAUCACGGAGAACGUGACCGAGUUCACGCGCAUCAUCCAGGAGCAGCGCAUCUCGGGGAACAUGGACACGCCCGAGGGGGGCUUUGAUGCCAUGCUACAGGCCGCUGUCUGUCAGAAGGACAUAGGCUGGAGACCUGAAGCAAAGCACCUGCUACUGGUGAUGACGGACCAGCCCUCUCACCUGGCCCUGGACAGCAAGCUGGCAGGUAUAGUGGUUCCACACGAUGGGCGCUGUCACCUGGUGGAUAACACUUACACAGAGACCACCAAUAUGGAACACCCAACCAUUGGGCAGCUAGGGGACACGCUUCUACGAAACAACAUUUACUCCAUAUUCGCUGUGGACAAUGUACAGUAUAAGUGGUAUGAGGAUCUGCUUGACCUGCUGCCGGGGUCCUACCUUGGAAGGCUGAUGCCCAAAGCCACAAACCUCAAGGAUCUGGUCGUCGAUGCCUACAAGAAGCUGCUAUCAGAGGUGGAAGUGGAGGUGGAGGUGGACCACAGGCAUGCCCACCGCUUCUGGGUGAACGUGAGCGCCAUCUGUCCCCCGGGAGGUAGCGUGACGGCUGGCAACAAGUGCUCCAACGUCAAGCCAAAGCAAAAGGUCUUCUUCAACAUCACCGUGGGGAUGUCCAGCUGUCCUGAUGAGCAGGGCGGUGCUGACGAGGUGGGCCUGACGGUGAGGCCGGUGGGCUUUAACGAGACGGUUCGCGUGACCCUGGAGCCCGUGUGCAGCUGCAAGUGCAACCUGCAGGGACGUUGCCUCGACGAGACUGAGACGCUGGUCGCCGACGACGACAAGGACGCCGACGCCUGCGCCGACAUCAGCGAGAACGCGGAGCAGGUGUCGGCGGACGUGUGCCGGCCCCCGCCCCCGGUGGCGCCGGGGGAUUCCGGAAUCCUGGGAGAUUCCGGGAAGAUCUGCCACGGGAGGGGCGCCUGCGUGUGCGGCCAGUGCGUGUGCGACCGCAGCAACCUGGGCGCCAUCUACGGGAAAUACUGUGAAAUGGACGACUUCUCCUGCCCUUACAGGAACGGACUGCUCUGCGGAGGCCGGGGCCAGUGUGCGCUAGGGGAGUGUGUUUGCCAAGAGGGUUGGACAGGUGAGAGUUGUGAGUGUGCCGUCUCCACGGCGACGUGUCUCUCGGACGACGGGCAGCUCUGCAGCGGGCGGGGCCAGUGUGUUUGCGGACGCUGCGUGUGUGAUGACUCCCAGUAUUCCGGAGACUUCUGUGAGAAGUGCCCCACCUGUCACACAGCAUGUCAAGCCCACUGGAGGUGCGUAGACUGCCACCUGUCUUUUGGUCUGGGCCGCGGGAGUUCUGAGCUGUGCAACAGGACCUGUGCCCCAGUUGUGGGCUAUGUGGAUGACAUUGAUGAGCUUGCGAGUGCGUUGGGGAAGCACUGCCUGUACCCCAGCACCGACCGCUGCAACUACCGCUUCCACAUGGGGGUGGAGCCCGGCAGCCCCCAGCUACAGAUCAGCAGACAACCAGAGUGCUUGUCUAGCCAGCGGUACUUCGUGACGUUCCUGAGUGUGUUUGUGUUGACGGUGGUGCUGGGCCUGGGCAUCCUGGCUGUGCUGCGCAUCGUGCUUCGCCGCAGGGACAGCAAGCUCCUCGCAGACCACCAGGACCAGAUGGGACAAAUCAACAAAAUGGGCUGCUCCUAUGGUCCAACUACAAACGAGAAGACGGUGACGUAUCGGCGGGACAACAAGCUGGAUAAUCCGGUGGAGUUGCGCGUGCAUGUGCCGAAGAUGCCCCUGGAGACUUCGUGGCAGUGACAGUGACACACGCCGCCAUCAGGAAGUGUCCUCCAACGACUGCACAUUAGAAUACCCACAUCAAGGUUCCAUUCUAUCCAGAUACUGUAGACGGACCUGAUGCAGUUCUCAACUGGGGAUGUUCACUGGGUUUCCUGGUUGGAAUUUCCUAUCAGAAAAAAAAACGCCCACUCACUCAAUAUCUUGGGGAAGGGCAUCAAGGAUGCUGAUUGGUUGCAUUUUUGUGGCAAUCAAUUCCAACCAGGAAUUCCGGUUCUUUAGUUGCAGUUGGAAACAGUUGGAAAAGGCUUCAAAUUCAGUGCAGUGCUGUUUCCAUUUAAUGUGCAGUCAUUGGCCCUGUCCAUAGACGUAUAGAACACUAGAUGAUGCAUUCACCUGUUUGGAGUGGCAUGCCUCGGGCACCACUGUCUUGUUACAGUGUUCCUAUGUUUUUUUCACUCUGGCAACAAGAUGUUCCAUCACCGCCACCUGCUGGAUAUUUUGCGUAUGGCUCUCGAGCAGCUUUACCGGAGACAAUAGACCCCUUUACUGUUUGUACUCAGAUGUGACGUAAUCGGGCUGCGCACACAUUGUUGGAGCAGAAUUGACCAUGUACCGCACAUUUGUAAAGAAAGUAUCCAGGUGUUUUUUUUUCGAAAUAAGAAAAUGGAUGGUCAUGAUAACUCGCGGGCACGGGCAUUCCUGAUGGUGUCCUCAGUCUAGUCUGUAAAAUUUCUUGCAACAACACACAUCUCCUCCUAUGCGUCUGUAACAGCCUAUUCCCUCUCGGAAUAAGGUAACAAGUGUACUUUUUAGGAUAUCUGUUCUUAACAACCGUACGUACACGCUUCAGGACGGCAGUUCUUCUCUCUUUAGGGCCUGCACUAUCUGUAUGUGUAUGUGUGUGUUUGAGCCAACAAUGUGCGCGCAGUCAGUGACCACAUAACUUCUAAAGGGGUCACUUGAUUAUGGAGAGAGGUUUCAUAAGGAGUUUCAUCUAUGUGACAUACUGUUAUUUAACCAGUUAAACCAGCAAACAUCGCCUAGUAGAGUAAGAUCAAUCAAUCCCCACCUACCAAAUGCAAAGGAGUGUGCUCAACUUCGGUCUCUUAAGGAGCGUUGUCCACUCCUCCUUCUUCUUUUUCUGUGGCGUUUGGCGGCUGGUAAGGAGUGCGUUGCAAUAUGCGACCUUGCCUCCUCCACUUGCCUCCUCCACUUGCUUUUCUCCUCGUACCAGGAAGUAAUAUGUCAUGAUGACAUCACUGACAACAGCAUUAUAUUUCAAUAUCUUGCAAAAGAUCAAUUGUAGAGUCUUUUUCUCAUUUGCAAUUGGGAUGGUGAAUGAAAAACAGUCCCUCAAAAGUUGUUGUGGCUAGGCUGACAGCUGGGAAACUUUAUCGUUUUCUCCACGGAGGAGGGGCCAGGAGGCGGGACGAGGAGACAAGCUUAAGUGGAGGAGGCAAGGUCGCAUAUUGCAACGCACUCAAGAUGUGCGCUUCAGCCAUCUACAGCGCUAAGGGGACUCCAUUAAUUCUCAACCUCCACUGGUCUGCUACAGGGGCGUUCACCGAACCUCAACUGGACCCGGGGAAAAGUACGAGCUCGAUUCGUCUCUUCCUUUUCCAGUGUCUCUGGUACUAGAUCUAAGGUUCAAAGCUGCAAUCCUAUGCCCCUUUAGGAGACUAAAGGCCCUUUUCCAUAACUGGUUUUCUGGUAGGCCUACAGCAUGACACAGUGUGAUUCAGGCGCCACUUUUAUCUUUUUGAUUGGGCAUGACACAGAUCAACAGUAAAGCAAAAAGUGGCAGCCGAGUUGCACUGUGUCAAGCUGUAGGCCCACCAGAAAACCAGAAGUGGAAAAGAUCCUUAAGUGAAUGAAUGGAGAUCAAUGGAAAGUCAAACCAGAGUUGGCCCCACUUUGUUGCAUUGGUGACCUACUGAAAAGAUUUGACAAAGAUGGCCGCUCUACAAUUGAGACAUGUGUCAACUCAGCAUCUAGUGUUCUAUAUUUAUGGGCCUUCUCAUUCAGGGGGAUCAGUGUUGCCAGGUGUACGAUAAUUAUCGUAUUUGUACCAUAAUUUUGUCCAUUUUGUCCUCUGUAUGAUCAAAAAAACAUGAUGCGAUAAUUUCAGAGUUGUCAUUCAGUGCAUUUAGAUGCCUUUAGACAACAAUUUGGGUCAUGUACAAUAAUUUCCUCUCAAAAAGCGAUAAUUUUGAGGUUUUGGCACGAUAAUUCAGCAUUUUUCAUCUGGCAACGCUGAGGGGGAUCCAUAGACAGUGAGCACUAAGCAAGCACUUAUGGACUGUUUUCUCCCAGCAGCCACACUCACUCACAGGGGGAUUGCUAGGGGAGCUUAGCUUUGUUUAGAAGGGGUGCCCAAUGUGUUCUUAGGCUCUAGAGCCAAUGCGGUAUAUUUGGUCAGUCUCUGUUUGAUCCCUUGCCUUCCCCAUGAAAAUAAGGUACAAUCAGUUGGAUUAUCAAUUUGAUUUUGUAAUUAUUUUGUUGGUUUGUGAAUUCUUUUUCUCUUUGUUCAUUUGUGUGGGCCUAGUUGAUGUAUUUUGAGUGGUACGUGCCAUAUUUAAGUCUUUUAUUUAUAGUUUUUUUUUAAUACACUACACUUUUCAUUCAAGCAUUAUUGGUGACAAAUGACUGUAAAGCUGGUAUCGUGGGUUGAGCUCGCCAUCUAGUGGUAGCUUUCAGCACUAUCAUGCAACAGGCGAGUCGAGCACAGGUGUGACAACUUAUCAAGCAGAAACUCUCGCCUAAACAGGCUAUUCAUGAUUGGUGAUGACUGGGUUUCAUUUAUGACGAAACAAAAACACAAUAUGGGAUUUGGUUGUUGAAAGGAGUAUCAUUUAAUG